ACUCACUGUUUCCAAUUAUCUUUUGCUUUUCUUUUGUUUCCCUUCGAAUUUUGAACACAACAUAUCUGUAAUACUUAUAGCAAUCUUAUUCCUUUGCUGUGAAAGACAAAGCAGAGUAGAAACUAAAGCAAAAAAGCUUUCAAGAAAGGCAGGAAGAGAGACAGAUCUGCAAAGCUCUUCAGCUACUCAACAAUGGCGUCAAAGCUACUGCUUUUCACCGUCUUUGUUUUUGAUGUCAUUGCUUUUGGCUUGGCCAUUGCAGCUGAGCAAAGAAGAAGCAUUGCAAAGAUAGUUGAAGACACAGGUGCAAAAAGAAACUAUUGUGUAUAUGACUCAGACAUUUCAACUGGAUUAGGAGUUGGAGCAUUUCUCUUUCUCUUAGCUAGUCAGAUCCUAAUAAUGGUGGCUAGCCGCUGCUUUUGCUGUGGGAAGCCUCUGAGUCCCGGCGGUUCAAGGGCUUGGGCAGUCGUUCUUUUUAUAACUUGCUGGGUGUUUUUUCUCAUCGCCGAGAUUUGUUUAUUGGCGGGUUCAGCUAGGAAUGCAUACCACACCAAGUACAGAACAUUGCUUACUGAUACUCCUCCCUCUUGUCAAAUGUUGAGAAGAGGAGUGUUUGCUGCAGGAGCAGCUUUCAUUUUCUUCACUUCCAUUGUUUCUCAGUUCUACUACGUUUGCUAUUCGAGGGCCCGGGAGAGCUUUCAAUCAUACAGCAAAGACACUGGCGUUGGCAUGAGUACCUACAAAUGAGCUACGUAAAGGUCAUUUUCAAUCACGUUCCACUUCAAGAUAGUUUUGCCUUUCACCUUUUGUAGUUUUUAAUCCAGUUUAUAGAAGCCUAAUAGGUUGUCUUUCUCUACUACUACUAUUCUGCUGGUAUUAGAAGAUGAACAGUUACGUUGCAGGACAUUAUUUAUGUAUUCUUUCAUCCUUUUUGUAUAACCAAUGGAAUUUGGUCCUUAUCUGCCUCUUUUGAUAUUAUUGUAUGAUGUACUCAAAGUUUAUAAUGGAAAUGCUUCUCUCUUCUGUUAA